CGAACUUCGAAUUGAGAAAAAUAAAAUUUCAGUCGAAGCUGCUUUGACAUUUCCAGUUUUCAAAGCUCGUAUAAACCACAAUGUUCUCGGACUCAUCUCCAGCAAUGGAUCCGGAUUCAUCCGAAUCCGAAAUCCGACCCGAAUAUGAUCGCUCCUCCGCUGAUUCCACCGCCGCUACCAGUCCCGGCACCGUACAAUUCGCCAACGGGGCAGGGGAAGCUAGACCUGAAGCGACGAUAUUCGAAUCAGCCGCAUCACAAGUCACAUCCGUCUCCGAUCUACCACCGGAACGAUUCAAUUCGCUCGACGAAUUGGCCCACGAUCUCGGCUCUCUCCACGAGCUUUCUACCCGUGGCUCGUGGCAAGCGAUCCUCGAAAAAAUAGCUCAAGCCAGAGCCCUCUUUGUCCUCACCAAGCCUCACGAGCAUCUCACCUAUCUGACUUACCAGGUUAUGGCUCUCGCGAAGCUACGUCGCUCCGAUGAAGCUGCUCAUGAGCUUAAUUCCUUGCACGAUUUCGACGGGACGCAUUACAGGUACGAAUCGUUCCCUGAUAUCUACCCGAAUCGGAAAGGAUCUAUGGUCCCUUUCUCUCUACGCUGGCUAUACGCUUUGAUCCCGACUAAGCUCGGCAAUCGCCAGGAAGGGAUAGAUCGGCUAUACACUCUGCUUGAUUUCGUUCGCGAUAGAAUCAGAGACAAAGAAUCUCAAAGCUUAGAUGAUUCUGUGGAAUUGUGGAAGAAAAGGGAGAGUUUUGUGAUGAAUUGCUUGCUUGGGUUUCACUUAGGCCACAAGGAAUUUGGGAUAUCUAUGGAUUUGAUGAAGGAAAUGAUAAGUCGUGAUCCUUUAGACCCGGUUUUGAUAUCGAAGCUAGGCUCUGUUCAAAUGCAGUUUGGUGAUAUAGAAGGAGCAAAAACCACGUUUAAUCGAGUCGAGAAGAUGUUGAAUGAAGGAAAGAGCAAUGGGUUACUGAACGAAACACAGUUCAAGAAUCUUGUGGGUAGGAAUAAGGCUUUGGUUCAUGUUGUGGCAAAGGACUAUGUCUCUGCUGUGAGAGAGUAUGAAGAAUGCAUUGAAAGAGAUAACUCGGAUAUUAUCGCGGUCAACAACAAGGCUCUUUGUUUGAUGUACUUGAGAGAUCUAUCUGAUGCGAUUAAGGUGAUGGAGAAUGCAUUGGAGAGAGUACCAACUGCGGCUUUAAACGAGAGCUUGGUGGUGAACUUGUGUAGUAUGUAUGAGUUGGCAUAUGUUAAUCACACUGAUGUCAAGCGGACGUUGAACAAUUGGAUUGCACGUGUUGCUCCCGAUGACUUUGAUUCAUCUUGUACCAGAGUUUGAGGUUUUUCAGCUAAUGAAGAGGUAAUUAGCCAAAGAGUCUCUGUCUUCUAUUACGAAACAAAUCAAGGAUUAUGACUUUGCUGGGUUUGGCCUCAGCUCGAGUCUCUGUUGAUGCGAGUACCGGCUGCAAAUUUCUUAUAGUUGGCUAUUGUAAGUUAGGAAAUGGUUGUUUUGCCCCAAACACUUGUUCGCUCUCUUGCAUGCUUCGCCAUAUUCAUUACCUUAUACAGUUUUUUGUUACACUAGCAGUUAAACACUAACGAGUUUGUUAUUUCAACUCUUCCUAUGCAGAGAGAUUUUGGUAUUUAAA